AUAGCAAAUGGUAUAGUCUGUUCACAGGUGUCAUCAUAUUCAGAGCAAUGUACCAUGCAACUAAAUGCUUGCGGAGUUUGAAUACUUCAUACAGCAGAGUAUUUCACCAACACAAUAGACUGUCUACUACUGAAAAUGACGAUGUAGUCAAUCUUUUGACUGAGACUCUUAAAUCCAACCGUUUACGUAGUAAACCAGUGCAAAGUAAUGCUGUUACUUGGGGAGUGAUGCAAACCAGAGAAAAUUCUAAGAGGGGUAAAAAAGGAAAAAAACGAAAGAUCAAGAACAAUGGAGUACAAUCUUAUGUUCCCAUGACAUCAAAUGCUUUCUCUGAUAUGAAUGCCUUGAAAGAGUCCUUAAAAAUUCGUCUCAACUCUCAAUUCAGUUCACUCUUAUCUAUUCAAGAGAAAGUGCUGCCCAAGUCUCUGCAAAACAGAAGUAUUGUUAUUCAGUCAGAGACUGGAAGUGGUAAGACCCUGACGUAUGCUGUACCUGUUGUCAAUGCUUUGGAGAAAGGGAGACUAACUGCUGAUAAUCGCUGCAUCGUUAUUGCCCCAACAAAAGAAUUAUGUACUCAAAUAUACAAUGUUUUUCUGAGUUUGGUGCCAAGAACUUCAUCUGUAAUACUUCUUGGGGGUGACCAUUCUCGAACUGCAUCCCAACAAAACAGACAGAUACUAAAUGAUGGAACUCCGAUUAUUAUAACUACUCCAGCAUCACUAAACAGCAAAUUAAAAAAAGGGGUUCUGAGGUUAGUUGACACGUCUAUGCUAGUGGUGGAUGAAUUUGAUCGGCUGUUUGGAGGAAGUGACUUUGAGGACCAAGUCAGCCAUGUUCUAGCUGGUAUAGCCAAAAAGAAGCGCAAUUCUCGGAUAAAACCACAAUUCUUGAUAACAUCUGCAACAGUAUCAGAUGAGAUGAAAAGUUUUGUCCAGCAAUACAUUCCAGACCUACUGAUCAUGGAGACAAGUAACGUGUCUCCUCCAUCCUUAGAUCACAAGUGGAUUAUAUCACCCUUACACAGACGAACAGAAACACUGCUUCAGCUCCUCCGUAACAACUCUCAUAAGCCUAACAGCUGCAAGAAGUGCAUCAUAUUUGUUCAGAAAUUGGAGAUAGGAGAUGACUUGUUUGAGGUAUUGAAAAAUGAAGGUUUUUUUGUUGCAUCAAUAAAUGGGGAUAUGUCUGCCGCCAAACGACUUGCUAUUUUCAGUGAGUUUAAGAAAGGAAGUUAUGAUAUUCUUAUUGCAACUGAUUUGAUAGCCAGAGGUAUUGAUAUCCCAGACUGCGAGAUAGUCGUACAGAUCCAGCCUGGUGAGGAUGUAGAUAUGUAUCUACACCGCGCAGGGCGCUGUGCACGUGCAGGCAGACCUGGUACAAGUUAUGUUAUCGCGUGUGACGCUGAUGUGAACGAUAGAUCGUUCUUUAAUGAAGUACGUCAGCAGCUGAACGUGGAUAUUGUCGAUGCAACUACUUUCCUACCUGAGAAGGAGAGUGGUGUUGUGUCUGUGUUAGAGAACUCGCUACAUCAUGUCUCAAAGAAAGACGAGCUCUCCUUUUCCAUAGACAUCGUCAUGUCCGAGCCCCUUACCUUCUAUCAGAAGCUUGUCAUGGAUCUGGAGCUAAGACCUGUAAACGCCGGUCCUGUGCCCGACAAAAAGAUAUUUGGAAUGUGGUACUGCAGUCCGGUGGAAGCCUGGGCAGCCCAGUCUACGAUAAAAGAGUACUUCAGAUCGAACUGUCUCCCAGAACCAGAACUUGGAAUGUUCAGGCACAAAUUGAACAGAAAAAGUGAGCUGGAUUGGAACGGGUAUUUUAGUGAGAUAAGAAGAGAAAAGAAGGAGGAAGAACAACUAAGAUACAGAAACUUUGUGAAGCAGGAAAUGGGAAAGAAGAGGAUAAGACAGGGCAGAUACAAGUUUAAACAACAUCUACCGGGGAGAUAAUACUUAGUAAAUCAGUUAGAUUGAUUACAAAAGUAGGGAUGCGAUCAAUAAGUGAAUUAGAGCUUCUAAUUGAAGUAUUCGAGAUGGAGAAAUGAAGUUACAGUCCAGAACAGCGAAUAUUCAACCUGAUUAAAGACUCAAGAUUGAAGGAGACACGGCUAACCGUAUUGGUUUCUGGAAACCCUACAAUGUCUUGGUUUCUAGAAACACUACAAUGUCUUGGGUUUCUAGGAAUUCGAUAGAAAUUCGAUCAUUAUAUAUUUAUUUUUGCAAAAGAAAUCAAGUAACACGGUUAAAGUGAGUAGGACUAAGAACUAUAGGAACCGGAAUUAUGAGUGAAUCUGGAUUGUGCUAUCCAAAUUUCCAAAAGGCUGUCGGUUGCUGCAAUUUCCUUAUGUAAAUAAAAUCUUAUGCAAAUAAUCCUCUCAUCCUAUGUUAAACAAGGAGCAGUAAUUUUAUUACAUUCGAACCUGACCAAACCGGUUAGUGUUGAGACGUCAGUUUUAAAGCAGGUUUUAUGGGUUUCUUGUCCUCAAUCUUGUUCCGAUACGCCUGUAGCCACGUUACCUUGUCGCUUACAUAGUAGCUCAGCGGUCUGGUUACAUUUAUGGGAAGAGGGCCAGGGUUCUGUGAGCCAAGUUUGUACUCUGCUAAUUAUUUAAGUUUGUGUUUGUGUUUAAUGUUGAGUUAAUUAUUCUUAGUUUUUUACAGUUCAAGUUGUUAUAUUAUAUGAGUUGCAUCAACCCUUGAUUAUUUUUGGUCUGAUUAAACUUGUCUCAUGUUGACUUUUUAACGUAUGAACUGAACUGCGAAUCAAAUUAGGGGCGUUUUUGUUCAACAUGAACAAGUCAACUCUUGGCUUGAGCAGAACGUACUCAUUCAUGUACACACGUACAAGUGUUUAAGCUGCAUAUUGUGUAUGCUGUGUUGUGUCUUAUUGGUCACUUCGUGGCUAUAAUGCCAUAUAUUGUUCGUACCAAGUGAUGCGUUCUUACCAAUCGUUGGCACCGCUCUGAAUUUUGAUUCAUAUCAGGUGAAUGUCUGUCUGCCUCCCUACUUUAAAUGUUCAGACCUCGGUUCGGAAUACAAUGCUAUUUCACAGUAGUUGACGUAAAAUAUCUCAGUAUGAAGUCUAUAAAGUUUUAACUUCAUUUGGAUAAUUAGAUUUCAACUGGACACAAGAACAGCUGUUCGUUAUCUCUGGUAUGUCUGAAAAUGCCUCUGAAAGCGUCUGACGGUUUUAACUCCCAUCCUCAAUUCAUAUUUAAACUAUUUCGCUUUUUGGGUCUUGUUUUUGUUUUUUGCGUGAGGGAAUGAUAACAAUAUAUUCACUGAGACCUAAUUAAUUCAGUAAUCCUCCAUAUCAACAAUACGAUAUUAUUCGCAUUAUUUGUGCAGUUCCUUGACAGGUUAGAUCAACGUGACAUCAGGUUCAAAUUUCACAAUUGAGUUGCAGGCGUGUCUCUACUCGCUUUCUCAGAGAUAUGACGUUUAUAUUCACAAGCUACUCACUUCACUGUUACUUCACAAGCUACUCACUUCACUGUUACUUCACAAGCUACUCACGUCACUGUUUCACUGCUUACAGGAGACUUAGACAAUUUCUAUUUUGAGAACUCUGACUCUCUAAAAUCUUGUAUUUAACCUCCGAGAUUAUAGAGGUGGUAGU